GUAAGAUCCCUUUGAAGGCGGAAGUGAUUAUAGGAAAAAAAGAACAACUUGGGAAAAUUUCUGGACUUCAACCUUUCCAUGACUUAAUAAAGACAUGACAGUAGUUGCACAAUGCCGUCCACGCUAGCAUCAGGGAUAAAGCGUUUCUGCAAUCAUUCUAAAAGAUUGCAUACUAUUCUUGAAGAAACAAAACGAUGCUUUGAUGAUAUCAAUGAAAGUGGCAAAAACGAAAAUGGUCCACUUGUGUCACUCGAGGUACUUCAUGAAGAGGAAGAAGAAAUCCUAUCAACUGCUGACAAACUUCCUGGCAUUGUUGUUCUUGGACAAAACGAGUAUUGCAAAUCACGUAUUGUGAAUGAAUUAUUUCAGAGAACUAUAUUCCCAACAUUCGAUCCAAAUGAUAAUGACAGAAGAUACCGCACAGUCAGAUUUAGAUAUGGAGAUAAUCUCUGCAUAAAUCUUGAACUGCCUGGCGAAUACUCCCUUGCAGAAAACUUGGAAGCAUACAAUGGUCCCUGGAAUACAAUUCCACGUAAAGAUCUUGAGAUCUCAGAGAAUGAAGAGCCUGAUUCAGCAGUAGGAACUGCAGUUUUGGAGGUUUCAUUUAAUCACCAGUUGUUGAGAUAUGGAUGUACAUUAGUAGUGGCUGCAUCAAAUGUGCUCUUUGAGGAGGAAGUCAAGCGCUGUAUUGAAAACAUAUCACCAAUACUUAUAUAUGCAUUUCAUACAGAAUCUUUAACUACCAAGGAGAUUCAAGACUUAGAACUGCUGAAGGAGAUUUCCAAUUUUCAGCCAGUCUGUUUCGUGCGCAUCCCGGAUCCAGUGACAACACCGCAGAUUGUACCAGGGAAUCCAUUCUACUGUGGUGUUGUUCACAGUCCAACACUUCAAACAGGGAAGCAGUCUUCACAGAAUAGUGAACACAACAAUAAUACAAUAAGUGAGAAUGUGUUAGAAAAUGGCAAGAGCACCAAAAAUAGUUUGAGCCAUAAUGUAAGUGUUCAAAAUGGUAAUCAACAAAGCAGUGAAACAAAACAUGCAUUAGAUAAUGACAAGGAAGGUGCAAAAUCUGAUAAAGACAAAAUGAAUGCCAAUGAUUCAUCCACAUCCUCUGGGGACCCUGCGUCAUCUUUACCUUCAUCCUCUAGUCACAGAAUGGGUAAAGUUUUUGUCACGACAAUACCACCAAAUAACUGUCACACAAUAUUCACCGAACUUUGUAAGGUUGGAUAUCUUACAGAAACACCAGGUGUUAGAAAUAUAAGUCGAAAUAUGGUGGAAGAUUAUUUCGAAGUUGAUAGUAUAUUAGUUACAGACUUGCACCAGUUUCAGCAGUCUUUCACAACAUUCUCGGAACAAACAAUGCAGCGUUACCUAGUUAAUGCUGUGACUGUUUUAAACAAUACUCAUAUACGAUGUCUCAAUACCUUCAUAAUCUGUGCAUUUGACAUGGCAAGAGAAGUCCUCAUCACACCAAAGAAGAUUGAGUUUGCUCGUGACAAGGAAGAGGAUUUGUUUAAAUCAUUAAUGAAAAUCGCUAUUGAAAAAGGUGACGAGAUUAAAGAAAUGAUAGAGCAUACAAUUGAAGACAGUAAAGCUCAUCUUAUUCAAAAAGCAUAUGAUUAUGACUUUAUUGGUGUGGAUUUCAGUGAGAAAGGAGAAAUUUUGACUCAUAAAGGACUGAAAAUCUGUACAGGACAGAUACAGGAGCUGGUGCUAGGUGGACUGAACCAGGCAGUAGCAGGCAAACUUGUCAAUUCUGUGGAUAUCAUGAGAGAUUCAUACACAGGAACAUUGACAAGAUGUUUAGAAAGUUUAGAGAAGGUAGAAAUAGAGAAUCCUGGUAACAGUACUACCACAGAGGCCCUGAAACAGAUUCUGAAUGCAGCAUACCAAGUUGAGAUUACAGUUCGAUCAAGUUCCAAUAUUAUAAACCUUCUUCUUCAUCGAAUGAAACAGCUGGUUCAAGCCAUGCCAUGGAGCCAGAGUCCCAAGAUUGAUGAUGAAUGGAAGACAAAAGUUGCAGCCGAUAUGUUAACUAGUCUCAGUGCUGCUAGGUUAGCAAAGAGUAUAUCCUCACAGAUUAAAGAUCGCCUAAACAAAUCUCAUGAAGCAUUUCUGUCAGCUUUGAAACAGCUUGAAGUGAAGCAUGGUGGGAGAUUGGAUAAGAUUGAGGAGGAAAGACUCAAACUUCGGAAGGUGCAUGCUCCACGUGUAGCAAAGGUAGCACUUGAGAGUACAUCUCUGAAAGAUCUCAUCCUAUAUGGAAUGCCCCAGAUGGGAAAAGAAAUUGGUAGAGGACAGUAUGGUGUGGUUUAUGCCUGUGAUAAUUGGGCGAGUCACUCUCCCUGUGCAAUAAAAUCAGUUGUUCCCCCUGACGACAAACACUGGAAUGACCUUGCUUUAGAAUUCUUCUAUACGAAGAAUAUACCAGACCAUGAUAGGGUGGUUAUGCUACGUGGGUCAAUCAUAGAUUACACAUAUGGAGGUGGGACCACUCCUGCAGUACUGCUGGUCAUGGAUCGACUACAGCGUGAUCUGUACACAGCAAUCAAACAACAUUUGGACUGGGUUGGUCGGUUACAAGUGUCCAUUGAUGUUGUUGAAGGAAUCAGGUUUUUACACAGCCAGGGUCUUGUUCACAGGGAUAUCAAACUGAAAAAUGUUCUACUUGACAAGGAAAACAGAGGUAAAGUCACGGAUCUGGGUUUCUGUAAGCCGGAAGCCAUGAUGAGUGGUAGUAUAGUUGGCACUCCAAUCCACAUGGCACCGGAACUAUUUACUGGUCGGUAUGACAGUAGUGUUGAUGUGUAUGCAUUUGGCAUAUUGUUCUGGUAUAUAUGUGCUGGAAGUGUGAGACUGCCACAGAACUUUGAGCAAUGUGCAAACAAGGACCAACUUUGGACUAAUGUCAAAAAAGGUUUACGUCCUGAAUUUCUGCCUGUGUUUGAUGAUGAAUGCUGGGAUUUGAUGUCAGAGUGCUGGGAGAGCGAGCCAGUGAAGCGGCCUCUUCUUGGAGAUGUUCAACUCAGGCUGAUUAAGAUAUUUGAACGGUAUUGCAGCAAACCAGGUGGUCCAUUAAAAACAGCAAAAGAUUCCCCAGCAAUGAAAGUGAGCAAACUCAAAUAUAAAACGCGUGGCAUGGACAAAAAAUGAACUCGGAUAUAUGUUACACCUCUAUUAUUUGCAAAGUUUUGAGUUUAUGAUGUGUACAGACCACCAGCUUACAGGAUGACAUGGUGAAAACAAUUUCACUGAACAUUUACUCCUUAAAGCACUGCUUGAUUCUUGACAUGGUGUAAAAUUUCCAUGCGUAGCUUAAUCUUGUCAAAAAUAAUUUACUGUUAUGCAACUAUUUUUGUAUCAAUAUUAAAUGUACAGCAUAUUAGACGAGGUAAAAAAAGCUUUUCUUAAUAUCAGUUGACAAUCAAAUAAGGAAAGCACAUUUCAUUUAAUGUGUUACUUUACCAGACAUUUAAAAGGGAAACAUGUAUUUAGCUACUUGCUAGUAUUUAGGUACAUGCUUGAAGGAAUGUAUUUAUAUUUUGUGUUUCUUGUAAAAGUUAUUUUUAGCACAUUUAAUGUAAGAAAAAAGGAAUACAGUGUCUUGUUGUCACUUGAUUACUGGCAUUGACAUUUUUAGAUUUUUGUUUACAGUAAAAGACCGCUCGCUCGAGGUCGCAAGGGGAUGAGCAAAAUGCUCAAGUUAUCCAUGGUUUCGAGCGACCCAAACAUUGACCAACAUACAAUUAAAAUUGAAAUUUGUUUUACCAAUUGCCAUUGGGACCAUUCACAGAAUAAACAUUGAUGUGUAAUAAUAACAUACUUGUGACAUUUUCAAAAAACGUAUUACAAACGUUAUCUAUGAUAGACAUUUCAAUAUGUCAUUUGUAAAUGGCACAUGUGAAGAAACAACUAAGACUUUUUAUUUUUAUUUACCUAUCAGCAAGUGCAUAUCAAAAUUAUCGUCUCAAUUUUUUGAAAGGCUAUAUUAUUUCCUUCAUUUGCAUGCAAACAAAUGCUGAUUAAAAUACUAAGAUCCCGUAACUAUCUUCUCAAUCCCGCAGGAAAGAUGUUUUAAGUCUAUAUUUGAUCAAUAAAACUUUUCUUCAACCUUUCAUCUAUAAUUAUUCUCAUUAUCAGAUCAAAUAUACCAACAUACAAACAUUUAAGAUAGUCGGGAAAUAGACUACGCAAUUCUCACAGCAUGUGAAAAAUUUUUAUUAUUCCCCCGAAGGGAGGCAUAUUAGUUUUCAACUGUCUGUCCGUUAGUUCGUUCGGUCCUUACAACGUUAACUUUUUGCAUGAAGGCACUUUACUCGCAAACCACUGCACCCAGGACCUUCAAACUUCACAUGCUGAUAGUACUUAUUGAGUACAUGUCGCCGACCUCACCACCUGGUAGAUUGAGUAAUGACAACUUAAGUCUGGGGUUCUUAUAAUAUGUAUUUGACGACAGAUACGAUCCUGCAGCUAUAACAUAAACAUUCAAUCGUACCAAAGGAAAACAAUAAUUACGAGUACUGGAACAAUUGAUGAAUGCACAAAAUCGAUAAUUACAAUAAAUACAUGUUUAUAAUCUGAUUAUCUGAUACAUGACCCCUACUGAUUUUCAGGUCAAAGGUCAAGGUCACUAGGUAAAAGGUCAAGACGCUGCGGGGCAUUUGUCACCAUUAGUGACAGCUCUUGUUAACCAAUACAUUCUGACUGCCGAAGGUGUGAAAAAUUUUCAUCGAUGAGCGAGCGGUGUUUCACUGUAUUUCCGUUUUCUUUUGAAAACUAAAGGAGCUAUUGCUUUGAAAUACUGCACAUUUAUUUUUUCGUAAUAAGAUCAGUAAGUAGGCCAAGAACCAUAACUAUUGCAUUUGUCAGAAUUAUAACCCUUUGUAACUUGAAAAUUGGUAUUUUUUGUUCAAUAUGUAUGUUAAGGUCAUCAUAGGGCUUUUCAUCUUGCAAUUUCAAAGAGGUCUUGGCCUUCCAAAUUGGGAAGUUCAGUGUGAUUAUUGCCUGUUUUGAGAAAAAGGUAAUUUAUCAACAGGGCCUUUUUCCCUCUGUAAAAGAGGUCUCUCAAAUUACAGAUUUUAUUGGGGGUUAUAUUAACAAAUUGGGAAGUUUCUCUGCCACAGUUGGGAAAUAAAAUAACCUUCUUCAUUUUAGAUUUGAAAAAAUCCUGUGUUAGUAUGUAAUGCAGACAUCUGUAAAUAACUUCACAGAUUUCCUCCCAUUUGUAAGUAAGUUGCCCAGUUGUAGGCAUGUAUCUUUUUUGUACGCCCGAAGGGCCGUAUUACAUUAUACCCCCAGUGUCCGUCUGUCUGUCCGUCGUCUCUGUAACUCUUGACCCUCUUGAAGGAUUUAACAAAUGUUCACCACAUUGAGAUGACAUGCAGAACUCAUGAGUCAGCCGUGCCUGAUCAAGGUCAAGGUCACAACUUAGGGUCAAAGUUUUGAGCCUUCCAUUUUGUGUCAGCUCUGUAUCUCCUAAACCCCUUGAAGGAUUUUUAUGAAACUUGGGUCAAAGUUUUGAACCUUCCAUUUUGUGUCCGCCUUUUAUCUCCUAAACCCCUUGAAGGAUUUUCAUGAAACUUUGGUCACCUCAUUAAGAUGAUGUGUGGAACUUAUGAGUCAGCCAUGUUGGCUCAAGGUCAAGGUCACAACUCAGGGUCAAAGGUUUGAGCUUUCCAUUUUGUGUCUGCUCUGUAUCUCCUUAUUCCCUUGAAGGAUUCAUAUGAAACCUGGGUCAAGUGAUCACCUCAUCAAGACGAUGUGCAGAACUUAUGAGUCAGCCAUGCAGUCUCAAGGUCAAGGUCACAACUUAGGGUCUAAGGUUUGAGCCACCCAUUUUGUGUCCACUCAGUAUCUCCUUAACCCCUUGAAGGAUUUUCAUCAAACUUGGGUCAAAUGAUCACCUUAUCAAGAACUCAUGAGUCAGCCAUGUCAACUCAAUGUCAAGGUCACAACUCAAGGUGAAAGGUUUGAGCUCUGUAUCUCCUAAACCCCUUGAAGGAUUUUCAUGAAACUUUGGUCAAAUAAUCACCUCAUCAAGACGAGUCAUGAGUCAGCCAUGUCAGUUCAAGGUCAAAAUUACAGCUCAAGGUCAAAGGUUUACCCUUUCAUUAUCCAUAACAGUGGCAGGGGAUUUAGCUGUCUUUCAGACUGCCUUGUUUCCCUUGGUUGCGACAAAGUUGAGAUAUCAAGAUUUGACUGUAUAUUGUACUUAAAAUAGAUUCUUGAUUCUUUCUCUAUGAGUAAUAUUGAUGACAAGGGAAAUUAUUGUUAUAAUGUCAGUUGAAAGUUCUAACAUUUUGCAGUUGGAUAAGGUUCUCAGAGCUGCCAAAAGUUUAUGAAAAAUUGUUAAGUAUCUAUUGCUUUAAGCUUCUAAGAGCUUCCAAAAAUUUAUGAAAAUUUGGAAAACAUAACAUUAUGACAUUUUAUAGUAGCAUCUUUCCAGCAGUUGCUAUAAAUUUACAGUAUCAAUAUAAUAAUAAUUAUCAAUUACCGGACCUCUAGACAACCUAUAUAAGGGUUGUCUAGGGAUUGGGUUACCGGACAUCUAGCCACUGCCAAGUAUUUAACUUAAGGUGACUUCCCUUUAAAUUCAUUCCAUACUCAGACAAGAUGAAAUAUUGUACAUUCCAAAUGGGGGAAAAAUUUACAUUUGUAUUUUUAUUUUUUUUUAUUGACACUUUAUUUGCGUCAAAAAAUCAGUUUCUGCUGUUUUUAUCAGAGUAUUUCAUAUAAUAUUGUAUAACAAAGUCUAAGCUUAUGUUGUAUGGCACUUAAGUUUAAAACCAGUGUUAUUGUUGCGUGUGUUAUGGAAACUGUGGAGCUAAAUCAGAACUUGGGUCAUAUGUUGUACAUGUCCCUGAGAGGUUUAAUUAUGCAGUGUACAUAUUGUUUAUUUAUUCUGAAUUGCCAAAAUAUUUGUAUAAAUAGACACAAUCAUAAUAUAUAUUAGUCUAGCUUAUCUGAGCUUGGUGCAAUACUAGUAUAAUAGAUUAACACUUUUUCAAAACACUUAACUUGACGGUCAACUGGAUGGUUUCUUACACAUAGUUAUAUUGUGCUUACACAGUAAAAGUAAUGUUUUUGAAUGAGACAAAUUUUCAGUGGAACAAAUUAAAAGGUUACUGAUGAACUUCCCAUUCUUAAAAUGUUUGCACAAAGUAAAAUAAAAAGACAUAGUAAAUGUCAGUUAGUGGUACUUGAGUUCCAAUAAAAAUUGUGAAGCUAUUUAGAAGUGAAGUUGCUUUCUGUGUAGAGUGUUUCUGUUGAUUUAUAAGAAUAUUUUAUUAUACACUUUAAUAAAUUAAUGUUUGUAGUAUUUAGAAUCAUUUAUGCUGUGAAUUUCUGUAGUUGUUAAUUUAGCAUGCCAAAUGGUAAAUGUGUAUGAGUAAGUAAGAUCAAGUACUAUACUUACAAAAGGACAAUCAGCUUACUUUAAAUUAACUGUAGUGGUUUGACCUGCCGGUAUUAAAUGUUGUUAAUUUGAACCAGACAGUAUCUCAGUGAAAGCAAAUUUGUAAGAGAAUAACCUCAUUUGGAAUGUUAGAAAAAAAAUAUUUUGAGAACAAAGCAAAAACAAAUUUCUCAUGGUGCAGAUUAAUGAAAACCUCUGUUCCUUCAGUGAUUUUAACAUUAAGGUAUGAAACAACUUAACAUCACCAUACCAGUUUUACCAUGGUAUGACAGGCUAGGAUGUGCUAAUAUCCUGGGUAAUUGACAUAGACACACACAUAUACUGAAUUAUUCAAUAUUUUUUUAUGGUACCUAAGAUGGUUCUGCACGUUUGAAACUGGAAGUGAUGGCAUAAUAUCAUUUCUCCAGAAAAUGUGGAAUAAAGCCUGGAUUCGGCUUAUGGAUAUGAAAAUCAUUUUAAUACAGUUGCACUUUUACUAUCUUUCUAAUGUUUAAAUAUGAUAUUAUAACAUAUGACACGUUAAACAAUUCAAAAUUGAAAUGUGCAGUUCAUUAAAAUCAUGGUCAAAUAUCUCAAAAAUAAAUAAAAUCUGUAAAAAGAUCCUUUGGAAGCAAAGAAUGCAACCAAGAAGAAUAAUAGCUGACUCGCUUUGAUCGAGUCUGUUCAUGAGAAGUAAUGAAAUGUGCAACACCUCUCACGCCCCCUAGCACCGGCUUUAGCGGAACUCUAUUACACAUAUAUUGAAUGAACUCCAUUAUCCUAAAGGACCAGAAAAUAUAAAAACACUGAAUCCAAGCAAACAGACCUAUACAUUUUAUUUCACCACAUUAUAGACCAUAUAUUUAAUUAUUACUGUGGGAAGUUUCAUUAAAAUUUACAUUGUAGAAAAAUUUCUGUUUGCGAAAAUGUUACGAAAGUUGUGAUUUUCCCAUUGACUCCCAUUAUGAAAAAUUGAAUCUUGAAUCCAAAUUUUUCAAAUCAGUCUAGCAAAAAAAGCAAGCAGACAACCCUAUCUUUUUUAUUUGCUGAAUUUUCUAAGUAUACUCUGAAGUUAAAAAAAAUCUAGACUUUAUUCAAAUUUUACAUUAUAGAAAAAAUUUCGAUCCAAACAUGCAGAACUACCUUAACAGAACUUGCUCCAUACACAGAGGGUAUAACUGACUAUUUGAGGGGGUUGUUUAUAAUAAUUUGCCACCUCAGCAUAACAAUUGAAUAACUGCAUUGACAUACAGAAGGAGUUAUCUACAGUUUAUGCUGAGGUGAUGAUUAUGUUCUAUGCUUGUUAUAUGUAACAAUAGAUGUAAGAAAUGCUUAAAGCUUUUUAGUCUUUCUAGAUAUAGGUUAGAGUGACAUAUAAGUCUCACAUGUGCCAUAUGUCUGUUAAUCAUGAUAACACGUCAUUUUGAAUGUUCUGAAAUUUUAUUGUAUCAUGGUUAUCAAGGUCGGGUAUGUACCCCACAAAAAUGGAGAAAGUUCCAUUUCGUGGAAAAGCCAAGGUAUUAAGCUAUGAAUUGAGGGGGUUGGUGGAAAUUGGAGAGAGGGGAAAAGCACAGAAAAAAAUCAGUCAUUGAAAAGAUUAAAUAUCUGAGAAAUGUUAAAUCAAUUCGUAGAUGCUAUAGUACAAGAAGUUUUAGUAAUAUGUAAUCAUAACAUGUCAUGAAAUUAAAACUUUACUUUUAGUUUUGCAGCAAUUUAUAUAUAAUUGCAGUAGGUUACGCAUAGAACAUGUAAAUACUUGGCAAAGGAUGGGACAUUUCUCAUAUGAAAUGAAAUUAAUUUAGUUAUUGUUCAGUGAUUAGUGCUAUGUAAACAUGGACAGCUAUGAAAUUUUGUAAAUUAAAUCAAAAUGUCAACCAAUGGAUGCACCCACACAUUCUACGACUUGUGUGUUUCAAAUUGGAUGAUGAAAUCAUCUAAAAUGUAAUGUAUUAUUUAUGAAUUUAAGAUUCUAUUUUUCUAUAUUAUUAUCCAGAGAUUAAUUUUGUUCUAUGUAAUUUACUUCUGUUCUGAAAUAUCAUUUAUACCCACUUGGUAUUUGUAACAGGUCUUGUCUGACAAGGAAGCAGUAAAUAUUUUACAUAAAUUUGCCGUGUCACCUACAGUCCAGCAGGAUUAUAACCUUUAUUUAAGCUGUACUAGUUUGCUUAUAUGAAUAGACCCUAAGAGAGAAGUAGUUUUAACAUUUUGAAAUAUGUGUAAAGUUAAAACUUGAUACAGUAAAUGUUCAGCUACAAGUCUUAUUUUAUACUGCCCAAUAUAGCUUAUCAAAAAAUUAAAAUGUGAUAGCAGAUAUUAUCCUUUGACCAAAAUAAAGCUGCAUUUAAAUCAGAUAUUAUCCUUUGACCAAAAUAAAGCUGCAUUUAAAAAUGGUCUAAAAAGGCAAAGUUUGGGCUCACCUUAAGGGUUUACUCUCAAAAGCCAUUAAUAUUUUAGUUCUUUUGAGGUGUAGUUUUCACAAAAGAAUCAAAAACACAAAAUCCUUCAGAAAUGUCUUUUUUUUUUACAAUAAUUCUAUAAUUGUUUAGUACUUGUUAGUAUGUUUUGUACAUUUUUCAUCACAUCUCUGUUAUGUGCUGAACCUACACUUUAAAGUUUGUUAAAUGUAACUGUGUGUCCUGUAUUGCAGUACAAUAAGCAAAUGUAAAAGUUCUGCUUUACCUUAAAAAUUAGUAAAAUAUGCCAGUUUUGUAAAAACAGUUCAGAGUUCAAUUCAGCACAAAAUGGGUACAGUAGGUUUUCAUAUUACGGCUGUAAACAUGCUCAUAAUCAUAUAUUAUAGUCUGUGCCUUUGCACUUGUUAGAAAUAAAAAUCAAAUAGACUAAGGAAAAUUGUCCUUUUGAAUUUUUUUGACUUUGUGGAAUAGAUAUAUCUUACCUGUUAGUUUACACAUUAACAUUCAGUGGUGAUAUGACAUGUUUUGCUUCCCCAUCAUGUAGCUAAAAGAAAUAAUUUUCUUAAAUUUUUGCUUUUAUGGUGUUGUUACAUAUUAGUAUGUAUUAGAAAAAAGAUGGCUAUGUGUACUGGAUUGUAAUUGAGACUUGGUAUACUUGUAACUUCAUGCUUUCAUUGUGUUUAACAGUUAUGAAAUUUCCCUAAGGUAGUGGACCUAAACAAUAUUUGGAAAUUUUUGUUUGAUCAUACACCCUCUUUAUGCAAUUUGGCAUUUUGUGGACAGUAAUGUAGCUGAUUAAGCCCAUUGAGAACAUGCAGUGACGAUCAUUUUUACAGGUCCACUACAUUUAUGUAUUUUGACUUUUUAUACAGAAUUUUACUGAACAUGUAGAUGUCUCUUCUGCAUUACCUACUUUGUUCUUGACCUGUUGUAAACUGUUACCAGAAUAAAUUAUAUUAUUUCUUAAAAA